CAGGCAUUCUGUCAUCGAUCCAUAUCCUUUAUUUUCCCUAUUUCUUUUAUAAAUUAUUGUUCUUUCCCUCGUCACAUUUUUUCUGCCGGAAUAUUUCUUUUCCUCUGUUUGCAUGCCCAACCGCACCUUCUGGGUGGCGCAAGGCGCGCAACGGCAACCCCACCAGACCAGCUCCGACAUCCCACCUCCAGCUUCCGUGCCGUCACUUUCAGCCUUGUGAUCCAGACUUUAUCAACUUCACCAACAGCCGUCACCGCCAGGCCUCGUUUGUGCAAGUAGAGCAUCAAGGCAUCUAGACUUGCAGCGGAUAAACGCAUACACGGUUCUCUUUCUCUGGAUAGUCCGAUAGACAAUCAGUGCAUCACGAUACCACCGCCAACAUGUUGAUCAAGGUGCGAACAUUGACCGGCAAGGAGAUUGAACUCGACAUCGAGUCCGACUACAAGGUCUCCCAGAUCAAGGAGAAGGUGGAGGAGAAGGAGGGCAUCCCGCCCGUGCAGCAGCGCCUAAUCCAUGGCGGCAAGCAAAUGACCGAUGACAAGACUGCGGCCGAGUACAACCUUGUCGCCGGUGACACUCUGCAUCUCGUCCUCGCCCUUAGGGGGGGACGGCACUUUCAAUGAUGAGCGACGGAAGCGAAGCGAGUAUGUCGACAUGUCUCUAAGGGAGCCGAGAGGAGAGCGGUAGAUGGGGGAAGGCAAGUGCAGAAGGCAACAUUUAUGGUUUGAUAUACGGUGCCUUGUUGUCAGUUACGCACGUACAUUUGGUCAUUUGAUAGAUUGAGCUAUACAAAGCAU